UAUAAUUUUGAUUCUUUUUGGGAAUGUAAAUUUCAUUCUGGAUGGAAUGAUAUCUUGUCUCAACUGGGUUGAAUUUCGAUUACUGUGUUGGACUUUCCAUUUUCAACCGCAGCUCUUUAAACUGUGACUGUGGCCUCUCUAGUUAAGAUUAUCUUUGGUAGUCUCCAUCAACCAAAUCUGCUUUCCUCACAUUCUUUUUGCAGCUUUUGGCCAAUUGGGGUUUCGUUCGAUAGAGAAAUAGGGAAUUGUAUGACGUGAUGGAAUGUAUCGUAGGCUGGCUGGCCGGCCGGCCGGCUGAAAAAGUAUUGAAAUUUAUAAUUCCCCUAAACUGCUAAGCUGUUCUAAAGUAUUCAUGUUAUUGCUUGGGUUUCACACAACUAACUUUUCCCCCUUGCACAGCAAGCCAAAGGCUGUGGAGGAGAUCCUAAAGAUAGAUAUCAAACCCGGGUGGAAGAAAGGAACAAAGAUCACAUUCCCUGAGAAAGGUAAUCAGGAGCCUGGUGUUGGUGCAGCUGAUCUAAUAUUCGUGGUGGAUGAGAAGCCACAUGCUCUGUUCAAGCGGGAUGGGAACGAUCUUGUGGUUCAUCAAAAGAUAACCCUGCUAGAAGCUCUCACUGGAAAGACUGUUGUGUUGACAACCUUGGAUGGGAGAUUCCUCACGGUUCCGGUGAAUGAGGUCAUCAAACCGGGCCAUGAAGUUGUGAUUGAGAAUGAAGGAAUGCCCAUCUCUAAAGAGCCUAACAAUAAAGGGAACCUAAGAAUCAAGUUCGAUGUCAAGUUCCCAGCAAGAUUGACAGCAGAACAGAAGUCCGAUCUAAAACGGGUACUGGGUGGUGGUCCGUGAUGCAAGUGCCAACCUUUUCCAUUGACACUGAUCUUGCAACGUAAGUUCGUUUGGUCGGAUGUAAAUACUAUCGUGUUUUCUAAUGCUUGUUAGAAGGAAGAAGGUUGUGCAUAGUAGGAAGGAAAAUGUUGUAAGGUGUUAUAUUUUCCAGCAUAAUGUGGCCUCCUCUUGUUCUAGGAUAAUUCUCUUGGCUGCCACAGGGUUUGCUUUUGUGCUUUCUAAUUUUAAUUUUGUAUACUCAAGAGUCCUAAUCUUAGUCUCUCUUCCCCUGCAAAUGAAGGGGAAGAAGAACCUCUUUUGAUCUGUUUUUCCACAUCUGGAUAUUUCAUCUGAAUAUGUUUUGCAUGCUGGAGUGUGGAAAUUGUAUAACUAUCAGAUAUAUCUGAGCAGAAUAAUUUUGAACAGGGAGAGGCUGUACAAAUUGGCCUAAGAUUUGUCUGCUGACUUCGUGACUGAGACAUCGACGUACCAGGGUUAUUUUGUACAAGAGGAAUUGAUAUGACUACUAAGAUAUUGCUCUACUUUGGCCGCAGGAUAAGAUUGCCAUUUGC